CGGGGCUUUCCUUUUUCUGAUACCAUCGUCGGUCGGUGGCGGCGGCCUGGUGGGUCUCUGGGCUUUUAUUUACCAUCUGCGGAGAGAGGCGGCCGGGUCAGACGCUACAGGCAAGAAGUGAGAGCGAAGAGCCCAGGACACAGACACCAUGCCUCAGAACGAAUACAUUGAAUUGCACCGGAAGCGGUAUGGUUAUCGCCUGGACUACCAUGAAAAGAAGAGGAAGAAGGAGAGCCGUGAGGCUCAUGAGAGGUCACAGAAAGCAAAGAAACUCAUCGGACUGAAGGCCAAAUUGUACCACAAGCAGCGCCAUUCCGAGAAAAUACAGAUGAAGAAAACUAUUCGGAUGCAUGAAAAGAGGAACAGCAAACAGAAGAAUGAUGAGAAGACACCAGAAGGAGCUGUUCCAGCUUACCUACUGGACAGAGAGGGGCAAAGCAGAGCCAAAGUUCUCUCCAAUAUGAUCAAGCAAAAGCGAAAAGAAAAAGCAGGAAAGUGGGAAGUUCCUUUGCCCAAAGUGCGUGCUCAGGGAGAAACUGAAGUGCUUAAAGUUAUCCGCACAGGAAAGAGGAAGAAGAAGGCCUGGAAGAGACUGGUCACCAAAGUCUGCUUUGUUGGAGAUGGGUUCACCCGAAAACCACCCAAGUAUGAAAGAUUUAUUAGACCAAUGGGCUUGCGUUUUAAAAAGGCACACGUGACCCAUCCAGAAUUAAAAGCCACGUUUUGUCUUCCUAUCCUUGGAGUAAAGAAGAAUCCUUCCUCUCCACUUUAUACAAGCUUAGGUGUCAUCACAAAAGGCACAGUGAUUGAGGUGAAUGUCAGUGAACUGGGUCUCGUCACGCAAGGCGGAAAAGUUAUCUGGGGAAAAUAUGCGCAGGUCACAAACAAUCCAGAAAACGAUGGAUGUAUCAAUGCUGUUUUGCUUGUAUAAGAGACCUGGAUUUGCAACAAAUAGAAAUUUACCCAUAUUGGGAGAAUGGCUUGUGUUAUAUUUUUAUGUUGACUAAAGAGACAUCUGACAUGAACAAUAAAAUGUAACUUCUGUUUGA